GAGUACGGAGUAGUGGCCAUUGGUUGGCAUGAGUACGGCAGAGUAGUGGCCAUUGGUUGGCAUGAGUACGGAGUAGUGGCCAUUGGUUGGCAUGAGUACGGAGUAGUGGCCAUUGGUUGGGAUGAGUACGGAGUAGUGGCCAUUGGUUGGGAUGAGUACGGAGUAGUGGCCAUUGGUUGGGAUGAGUACAGAGUAGUGGCCAAUGGUUUUAGCUGUUAGUAGAGCAUUAGUGAGUUUUAGUAGGGCGGAAUUUUUCAGUGGAGUUAUGGGAGUGAUGUGUGCAUGCUUUAGAGGGGAGGGGAAGGCACCAGUAGAGAGGGAGAGAUUGAAGAUGUGAGUGAGGGAGCAUAAGAUGGAAGAAGAGGGUGACUGUAGUAGUUGUGAGGGGACAGGAUCCAGGGGGCAGG